AAUUGCCACUCCCACAACUGAAGCCACUUAAAACCAGGCUAUGCGCUUCAAAGCUUCUACAGUGAUCCACAUUCUCCGUUGACUCGUAAGUAAAUUCAACAUGUUCGGUAUAAUCACCGGAGGAACCCGAGGUCUGGGGUUUGAUGCUGCUAAUGAAAUGGCAAGCAAUGGCUACACCCAUUUGAUUCUUACGUACAACUCCAACACAGAACGCGCCGACCAGGCCAAGAAGACCUUGGAGGAGAGAUAUGGAGUCAAGGUUUUUCUCGUGAAAGGAGACCUUGUUAGACCUGAGGCCGUCGAUGCAAUCUUUGAUUGCGUGGAGAAGAAUUUCGGAAAUGAGCUUAAUGCUUUGAUACACAACGCUGGAGCUGCAAUUGGUGUGUCAUCAGUAGCGGAAACCGAAGCAGCUAAGAAAGCGGCCGCGAGCUACAAAGAAACCAUUGGCUUUGGAAAAUUUGAUGAUUUCGCCACCUACGAUUACUUCCAAGAGAUUUAUCCAAAGUGCUUUAUCCGAAUGGUCGAAAGAGCGAUCAAAGUUAUGGAAGAUGGUAAAGGGUAUAUCUUGGCGAUAUCUACCUAUGGCUCCAACUGCAUGCAGACAGUGAAACCAGGAUACGCAAUAACAACUCAAGCCAAAGGCGGCUUAGAAUUACUGGUGCGGUAUUACGCCCAAGCUCUGGCGCCCCGCGGGAUCACCGUUAACGCCAUCAUUCCUGGGUACAUCUUAUCUGACGCUUGGCAUCAUUUGACUGCAAGCAAGGGUGGGAUUGAAAGCGAGGCUGUUAAGGGCAUGAUUCAAAGAUCUCCCAUGAAGCGAUUUGGGGAAGGUCGUGAGUUUGGGCACGUGACUGCUUUUCUGUGUUCUCCCAAGGCAUCAUUCAUCACAGGGGUGUCAUUACCAGUAGAUGGAGGGCUCCAUCUUCAGUAAAAUGCGUUGGACUUCAUACAAACAUAACCUGAAUUUUUGUUCGUUUCAAGUGAAUAAUAGGAGGUUAAAGUGGUUUGGACAUGAAGUAGGAAACUCAACUAGUCUUGAGCUCAGGACCAAAACAGCUAAAUCGAAAAUAAGUGUUCUCCAGAAAAGAAAAAAAAAACCAACAGCAAAUAAACAAAUUUCUCAAGAAAAGUGAAGACAGAAGACAAAUUUUGAGUUUAAUUGUCAUUUAAAGAGAUAUGUUAACAUUUAUCAAUGACAAGCGAAGGACAAAGACGAAUCUGCGUCUUCCAAGAAAUACAAUAACUUUUUUAUAAUCGUCGGCGAGGAUUCGUUUGUUCGAGACAAAUGCUAAUAUCUCUCUUCAGUUGAUUAUUAACAUCUUAUACUGUCUUGCGCUCUUUAAUGUUUGUUAUUUUGAAAUUUUAGCCCUGUUUUCAUUUGCCAUUAAAGCUUCUUGUACUUGAUGAA